CCACCGUAUAUAGACAGCAUAGACACUAUAGACAGCCACAGCUGCCAGACAUGUUGCAAGUGCGGCACUGAAGGAGUGAGAACCGGAUGUAGGGGGCGCAUCAGGCAAGUCGAGCAAAAUUACUGCUUGUCUCCACUCAACAAGUCAAAACCAUUACCUGUCCGCCGAGCGAACCAGUCGUGGGUCGGCAGGUAUCGAGUCCAGCAGGUGACUACAGACCAGCCUCGUCAUAGCAUUCUACAGUGACAUCGCUGAGCGGAAGACACAAAACUGCUCCAUCCCUUGUGUCAUCAUGAAUAAAGUCCAGAAAGAUGAGCGAAGGAACCAGCCUGCAGAGAAACAGUCUGCACGACACUGGCUGGAAGCUGUAGUGAAAGGUGUGCUGACCUGCCGGAGAAUGGUGAGAAAGGAAACACUGCUGAAGGUGUUUUUCAUCUACCUGUGUUUCUGCCACCUUGUUCCUGGACAUCCAUGCGGCAGCAACCCUCUACGACGCUUUAGGCCUCUGUCCAGAAUGCUGGGCAAGAGCAUAGACACGUUGCUGGACCUUCUGAGGGAAUCGAACCCCGCCCUGUACGAGCAGGUCCAGCUGGAGUGGAGGCUGUACGCCGAGUGCGUGGGCCUGGUGGACACUGGUUACUUCAAGAGGUCGUCGGACGACACCCAGGGUAGGGUGGAUAGCGAGGCAGGGCCUCUUGCAAGGAGUCACGAUGGCGAUGAGGGACUGGCAGCAGACGACCUCCUGGAAAGGGUGCUGCAGUCCUGGAUGGACGCCACUUCCGACAGUGAUCGCGACCUUGACUCUGGUCAUCUGUAGACGUGCCACUGACCUCGCCGACCAAAGCACGUGACGCCCAACUCGUGCUGUCUACACCAAUUGUUUACACACCCGCUGUACGCACCAUCUGUCAACACCCGUGCUGUCUACACCAGUUGUUUACGCCAGUUAUUUACACGCCAGAUGUCAACAAGACUGGCUGUCUUCACCGACUGACACCUCUGUCUACAUCGGCUGCCUCUACCAUCUGUAACGACUGUCUACUCACGUGAUUUCACAGGCACCAGCUCCUGGCUGCUCGCACGCGCCAUUCUCGUCGUCCUCUCGUCUGUGGUUGUCCGCUGUUAUCGCCCCUUUGUCUGUUGUUUUCCGAUGUAUCCCCCUUUAGUCUGUUUUUGUCUGUUGUUAUCGCCCCUCUGUCUGUGGUUGCCUUUUGUCGUCGUACCUCGUCUGUCGUCGUCGAUGGCCGUUGCGGAGGGCGGUGACACUACGCACCUACAUCAAGACCUGGUGUGACGUCUUUGAAGGAUGGCAGGACAAUCCAGUCCAGGAAUGUGGACGGUGGAUGCAAAGUCCAAUCCAGAAGCCUCAACAAACUGGUCUCACUUCACAGUCUGACGUUGUCUGUCACCACUGACGGCUUCCUGUAACUUGCUGACAACCUUUGACUUCUGUACUUGACCUCCGAGUGUCAGGGUGAUGUCUGAACUGUGCAGAUGACGUCAUGCUUGUAGUAGUCUGACACAGAUGGUGAUCCGUUCACUAUAAUAUUCACUUCUUUGUACAAUGUAACAAAUUGACAGUCUGAUAGUCUUGACACUGUGACAGCCUGACGGUUUGGCAGUGUGACAGUGUGACAGUGUGACAGCCUGACAGAUGGCACAGGGAAUGACUGGGUGACGUAGUGCGUUGGCAAGAAGCUUGCUGUGGUUACCUCUAACACUUACCACCAGGGUUAACUCUGACACUGUUAAAAAGUAAAUAAAAUAAAAACAUUUUGAUGGAC